AUGAUGGGACAGGAGAACCACACUUUCAGCACUGGCUUCAUUCUUUUGGGACUAUUCUCUUCUUCCCCACAAAGCCUGGUUUUCUUCUCCUUCAUUUUCAUCAUUUUUAUCAUGACUGUGAUAGAAAACACAGUCAUGAUCCUUCUCAUCCUUCGGGACUCACGACUGCACACACCUAUGUAUUUCCUGCUCACCCAUCUCUCUUUCAUGGACAUCUUGCACAUUUCCAACAUUGUGCCCAAAAUGCUCACUGACUUUCUGUUGGGCAACAGAAGGAUUUCCUUUGCAGGCUGUGGCUUCCAGGUAUUUCUGUCCCUUACGCUGCUGGGUGGUGAGUGCCUGCUCCUGGCUGCAAUGUCCUAUGAUCGCUAUGUGGCCAUCUGCCACCCUCUGCACUACCCUGUUCUUAUGAAUGAUUCUGUCAGUCUUCUCUUGGCUGCUGGGUCCUGGCUUGUUGGGACCUUCAAUUCCAUAGUUCAUACAGCUUAUGCACUUCACUUUCCCUUCUGUGGUUCUAGAGCCAUUGACCACUUUUUCUGUGAAGUUCCUGCUAUGCUGAAGUUGUCCUGUGUGGACACAACCCACUAUGAACGAGGAGUUUAUGUGAGUGGCAUCAUUUUCCUACUUGUCCCUUUCUCCUUAAUCUUUGCUUCUUAUGUCCAAGUUAUCCUUACUGUCCUCCAAAUAAAAUCAUCAGAGGCACGGAAAAAGUCAUUUUCCACCUGUUCUUUUCACAUGCUUGUGGUUAUAAUGUAUUAUGGGCCAUUUAUUUUUACAUAUAUGAGGCCUAAGUCUUAUCACACUCCUGGUCAAGAUAAAUCUCUGGCUGUAUUCUAUACCAUUCUUACUCCUAGCCUCAACCCAAUUAUCUACAGCUUUAGAAAUAAAGAUGUUCAGGCAGCAAUGAAGAAAUUGCUCCAAAGUAACUUUCUCCAUAAAAAUUAG